GGCAGACGAGGCAGCAUGCACUAAUGUUGCUAUAUUUGACAAGACACACACACACCCUCUCCUGCACGCACAUAUGAGAAACAGGAAGGGGAGAGGAGGGCACCAGAGCUUUAAGACACACUGGAUGAGGCUUAGAGCUGAAAUCACAAACAUAGCGACACACAGAGAGGGGUAAUGCAUGACGCCAGCAAAGCAGCCCUGUUUUGCUUUCCAUCUCUCUCUUUCUCUCCCAGACACACGCUCACGCCUCUCACACACACCGCAGCACACGAGCCAGGGAGCAGGACAGCGUUGGACGUAUCAUUCAUACAUAGAAAACAUCAGAAGGAAAGGAUUAACUCUCUCCAGCCUUCCCGCUCUAAGGAUCUAUCCCCUAUCCUUCAUUCUUCUAAGCCCAUCUUUACCUUUUUCCUACAAUCCCUUUUUUUUUUCAAAGAAAAAUUCUCCUUAUGCAGAAUUCAUCUGUUGGCUGAGACAAACAGGCUGAUCUCAAUCUUGAGUGAAUGGUUUCCUUGAACUGAAGCGUUGACAGUUUUUCCUUCAAUGUUUUGUCCUGGGGGAAUUUUUUUGACGUUUUUUUCAUCUAAACAAUAUCUGUGGAUGAAUGGCUGAAAGCAGCAGGCUGUAAGCUGUGUCGACUGAGGUAUCUGGUGAAAAGUUGCUGUGCAUGCAGAGGCUGCAGGCAUGACGGCCUGAUGCCAUCAUAGCGACACUCCUCUUGCAGAGGAAGGCCACAGACUUCUCUGUCAUGCCCCCUUACAUCCACCCCCCUGGGGGCACUGGCCUGCCCCCACCUAUUGCUACCAUCAACUUGAACAGAUAUGUGUUUUAUGUUCUGAGCCUCUUGGCCACGUGGAUUUUGCCAGCCUCCUCGUGCCCCCCUUCCUGUCUCUGCUCCUCAGAGAGCCUUACGGUGGAUUGUGGAGGACGUGGACUCUCCUCCCUGCCUCCUGUUCACCUCCUGCCUCCAGGAACACGCUCCUUGCUGCUAGCCAACAACAAGCUUGCCUCACUGGGAGCCACAUCCUUUGCUAACUUCUCCUCUUUGGAGGAGCUGGACCUUUCUAAUAACUACCUGGAUAAUUUACCAGCUGGGUUGUUUAGAGACAUGUCCAACCUGACCAGACUGACUCUGCACAACAACUCACUAACAGUAAUGGACAGAGACCUAUUUCAGGGUUUAGGCAGCCUUCAGAGCCUGGAUUUAUCAUUGAACGGUCUGUCCGCUAUUCCCAUAGGCUUACUGGAUGAGCUUCAGCACCUCAGGUGGCUCUCCCUGGUAGGUAACAGACUUCAUGGGUUGGAGAGGGCAGCAUUUGAGCCACUGGCCAACCUGCAACACUUACAAUUGGGACAGAACCCAUGGGAAUGCGACUGCAACCUUCGUGAUUUCAAACACUGGAUGGAGUGGCUGGUGUACCGAGGGGGUAAAGUGGAUGCACUGGAAUGCACACUACCAAAGGAUCUGCGUGGGAGGGACAUACGGAGCAUACCAGUGGAAAUGUUCAACUACUGCCUCCAACUUGAAGAUGAGAAUGGAGGUGGUUCUGAGGGUGCUCGCUCUGGACAAGGAGGCGGUCCUCCAUGCAGCAGGAGUGCUCUUAACCCAAGUGGAGCAACACCGGUUUCUGACAACAAUGGCAGCCCUGGUGUUGACUCCCCAUCUACAGCAGGUGGCGGAGGCGGGGAGGCCUCCACAGAUUGUGUACGUGCCCGUUAUAGACCUGUGAGUGUGCGUCGGGCCAUUGGCACAGUGGUAAUUGCUGGAGUGGUGUGUGGCAUUGUUUGCAUCAUGAUGGUAGCCGCCGCUGCUUAUGGCUGCAUUUAUGCUUCUCUGAUGGCCAAGUACCAGAGAGAGCUGAAGAGGCAGCCGCUAAUGGGGGACGGAGAGGCUGAUGGGGAGGACAGGGAAGACAGACAAAUCUCCUCUGUGGCCUAAAAGAGGGAUGCGACAGGAGAACUAGCAAGACGUGAAGGUGAAGGUCAGAGGGGAUUAAAAUUAAGGGCUCAAGGAGGAAAAAGAUGAAGAUGUUUUUUUUCCCCCUACUUGUCACAGACAUUAUUGUAUUGCUCCUUUUUUACUCUCAUACAGACACCUUUUUCUGAUUUUUGUCUUCAUUUCCUCAUCCUUAAUCUAUUUUUAACCUCGCCCAGUAUUGCCCUUCUUCCCGGCACACUCCCCCGCACACAAUCCUCAUCUGUUCCCUGAUUUCUUUUUUUUUCUCCAAUUUUGAAAACAUUUUGUUUAACGUAUUUGUUACCAAUUAUUCCUCGGAGUUGCCGGCCAGCCACCCACUGCAGCUAAAUUUGUAAUUGAAUUGGCUAGGAAAAAAUAAAGACAAAUUAGCUUUUCCCUUAAACUAUGAGACAUAUUUUGUGUUAUGAAGCACUGUUGCUGCAUGGUCAGUCUGUAUUUGCAAAUCUAGACUGAAGAUUCAGGGAUUCACAGCAUGCAUGGUGUUAACUGGACCAAUGUCAAUGAUUAGUAAUAUUUGUGCCAUCUUUCAACUUCUACUCUACAAAGCCAGUGGUUACUCAGAAAAAUCAGGAUCCAAAUACAUUUAAUAGUCCACGUUUGGCAUAAUUUUUGGACAAUUUUUCUCUUCAACCUCUGAGACUCGGUAUGACUGAUCUCAAGAAACUGCAUUGAGAUUUAUGUUAAAUCAAAAGGACAGUUAAAAUGCUUGUGUACCCUGAUGGUACAUACACUUUUCAGAAAAGAAUCAAGAAUGUGAAAACUCAGAAAAAGAAGGUAUGUCUUUAGUGUCAAUUUAUGUCUCUCUACCAAAAGUCACUGCUUCUCUGGAUCUUUCUGGACUAACAAAGAUCAACAUGCAGAAACAGCAUCAUCCAUCAGAUUAACAGGAAAAACACGGUAGCAUUAAACUACAAUUUCAUGCUAAUGAACUUGUCAUAUUC